ACUCUGAGUUUGAGUACAACUACAUGACUACAAUGACAUGAUUGUUGUAAUAACUAACUUUACUAGUAGUAUAGGUCUACAACUUCUACAACGUACAAGUACAAGCACUAGCAGGACUACUCUUUUUGUUGUUGGCACUCGUACCCCGAGUACUUUAGUUCCUGUGCUGAAAACUGACAGCGUACCAGCAGCAGCAAGCAGCAGAUAUGCUGCAAGAGUCCACGUUGUCGGACCGAGAAGCGGAGUAAAAAAUUCCUCAGCGAACACCUGUGCGCUAGUUUGGUCUGAUUUCCAUAAUCUCUGACCAUGGGUACCAUGAGUACGCGCUAGCAACUACAGAAUGCAGUGGGAGUUCUAAGCUGUGUAGAACGUUCGAACGUAAAGGAAAAAAUCUGGUGUGCACAAAUUCAGCACGCCAGGCUCACGGGUUGCAAUGGCUGAUAGAGGUAAUCAAGAUGCACAGGUGCCAUGGAAACCUCAACCCAACACGCCCAGUCGACGUACUGGUGGUGUCAAUGCUGCUCCUGCUACCACGGCGACUAUUCCUGGUCAGACUCCAGCAGCAAAUGCGACUGUAGAUAAUCGUGAGCACGAUGUCGAAGCUGCUCUACCACCGGAAACCGAUGAUGAUCACAUUCACCAUCCUACCCAAACAGUACCAGAUAGGAAGCUGGAGUCAAAGGGAAAGCCGAUCAUGGACCGUGUCCUCGACUCGCUGCAGUACUUCGUGCUCUGGGUGUAUUCUGGCAACAGUGUCGACCGGCGUAUUCUCAGCACCAACGACUCGCAAGAUGAAGAGCUCAAUAAAAUGUACCUGCUACGCCGCAAAGGCUCUCUGUUCAGGUCCGUGGUGCGGUUCAAGGGAUCGUCUCAAGCCAAGGCAUUGGAAGCGCUGCAGAAAGAUUUUGAACGCUACGGUGGAAGCGAGUAUCUUGAGAGGCAAGCUAGCCAGGCGGAUGCAAUCCGAUUCCGACACCCUUCAAAUUGGUGGUCGCCGAAAGUCAACGACAGUAACAUCUUCUUGCAGCGUGGUCUGUUUGCCGACUCCACUCCGUUCCACGUAGCUGUGCUGUUCAACAAUGUCGGCAUGGCCAAGGCAUUGCACUUGUUUUGCCCUUGGUAUAUUGAUAUAGACUAUACUGAAGAUGUUUAUCUUGGUGAGCAUUCACUGCAUAUAGCCGUGGUGAACUGCGUCAAGUCUGCCUACUGGUCCAAGACUGUGGCACAGCUGAGAUCGGAGAGCAGCCGUGCAGAUCAGCUGUCACGGACCAACGACAUGCUCACCUUCCUUGUGGAGAGCAAGGCUGACGAUGGUGAACGCAAGAAGAUGCUCAACGUCAAGGUCAAGGGUUUCUUCUUCGAUCGCAAGAGCGAGCUACAUAUGGUGAACUGGGGCGAGACACCGCUGACAUUCGCAGCAACUUUGUUCCUACCUCGUGUCAUCAUGUACCUUGUCGAUCAGGGCGCAGACAUCUUUGCAGUGGAUGACGACGGAAACAACAUCCUACAUGUACUGGCCAUGCAAGUGUCGAAACCGAAACAAUCUGACGACCCGGACAACGAUGCGGCUGACCCUGUAGAAGACGAUGCUUGGUGUGCUAAGCUAGUCGACAUGUGUGCCUUCAUCCUGGAGCUGGCCUGUGGUAGCAAACAUGGAGACAAGGAGUUCUCUUGUCUAGAGGAGCAGAUGAACCACAAGGGUAUGAAGCCAGUACACACAGCAGCAUACUACGGCAAUGUGGCUUUGUUUCACUAUCUGAUGCACAAGCCACCACGAGAGCGUGUGUACUGGGCGUACGGCACGGUGUCAAUGAAAGUGUACGAUCUGAAGGAUCUGGACACCAUUGAAUGUGAACCCGACAGCAGUGAUGGUGAAGAUCAACAACGCAGAUGCACGGCUGACGACUAUCACUCGCCAGCUGUUGCAUGGAAAGAUCCGCAUCGCCCGCUCUCGGCAGUGGAGGAGGCAGACUUGACGUCGGACGAGGAAGCUUGUGAUGGGCCAGUGAAUGCACGGGGGAAACGAGACAGCUUCCAGAGGUUCUCGGCGUCCGGAUCUCUACGCAGCGCUAUAAUGAAGCGGUCAAGUCCAAAUUGUACCCGACGAGUAGUGCAACAUUCUGGAGACUCAGCUGAAGCUUGUAUCAAUAUGGGUGCUACGGGGAAAGGCAACAGGCCUGAUGACACAGGCAGUGAUAGUUCAGAUGAUGAGGUGGACGGCUUGCUGCGUACGGAUACCUACGUGACAUGUUCUAACAAAGUGGUCCAGCCUGAGAAGGUGCAACCCGCCAAUCUGCUUGAAGUGCUCGUGCAAAGCCGUUCACCCAGGGCAAAAGAGUUGCUACUGGAAACGCCUAUACAGGAGCUGCUCAGUCUCAAGUGGAUGCAGUACGGAUAUCUCGGGUUUUCCAUCGUCAUCGCAGUGCACCUCCUCUAUGUUGUUAUACUCUCGCUGGUCGUGUUCUACCGACCUGUCAAGCACUCCGACUGUAACCUCACGGCCGUAACCACGGAAACAGGUGGUGGCUCGGGGACAGUUAUGUGCCCACUGGUCAGACGAUCAGUUUUGGCCGGAGAAGCUUACAAGUCGACGGGAGAUUUUGUGCGUUUGUCUGGUGAAGCGUUCAUCAUGUUGACGACAGUUAUGUUACUGUGGAUUGAAAUUGUGGAUGUAUUGAGAAGUAAUGUGGUCUACAUCUGGUUACGAUAUGAAGUGCUCUACAGUACUAUGAAGUGGACGUACUCUUUGCUGAUAUUCGUUGCCGUGAUCCUCCGAGUGAUGGACAAUGAUUAUGAAACGCCAGUGCUGUCUGUGGUGGUGAUACUGGCGUGGAUGUACGUGCUGAUCUUCGGACGUGCAUUCCGUCUCAUGGGCCCAUACCUCAUCAUGAUAAGACAUAUGUUGUUCCACGACAUGCUCCGCUUUCUUGUCCUCUACGCUGUUACUGUGUUGGCAUUUGGUCUUGGUUUCUUUGUACUGCUGCAAGAGUCUGUGCCCAGUCAGCCAAAUGACUUCUCCAACUACUUCUUUUCAAUGGUGACUCUAUUCCGUACCACACUGGGUCUGAGUGAUGUUGAGCUGUCCACAUUCGAGCAGUCGCGCUCUACUGUUCUGGGAAUCAUCUAUAUUAUCUUCUUUCUCAUAUUCACCUAUCUACUGCUGGUGAAUUUCCUCAUUGCCAUGAUGGAGAGAACACAGAAUACCAUAGCAAAACGACAGCUCUAUAUCUGGAAGGGACAGGUUGCUGCCACUAUUCUGUACAUUGAGCGAAGGCUGAGGCGCAUCUUCCCUGCUCGCCGGUUUCGCGUGGGCCGCAGUGGUGCCAAACUGGAUCUUGAUAGAAGUCGCAGGUACUUGUGUCUGGAGUUCAAAGAGGCCAAGAUGCAGGCGUUCACUUUCAACAGCAAGAACCUCAACUUGAAACGGCAGGAGACUGUCCUGUCUAACCUGGGAGCAAUGUCAGCAGAUGGGCCAUGGCAGCCUGUUGAUCGCAGAAUAUCCACCGGUCAAAAUUCAAGCAGUGCUGCGAUAUCUGCAAUAAAGCAGCAGCAGCAGCAGCAGGAGCAACAGCAGGAGCGGUGGCCCCAGCCGAUUCGCGCAAACUCCACUAGCCCACAGCCACAACGGAGGAGUCCGCUUUUGGACGGUGCCCGUGUGGUCGCAGAACGCCUUGCCGCCCGCCAUUUUGGCAUGAGAAAGGCGAGUUCAGUGCCCGGAGGCGGAGGAGCUGGCGAUCGGUUUGCGGAGACCGUGUUUGGAGCGUGCUCUGCAGCUGGUUUGCAGGUUCAUGAUCUACAUGGCUUGCAUAUGACUGGCUUACAACAUGCUAGCACCGCUGGUGAACAGAUUGCACAGCCACAAGCAGGCUAUGCAUCAUUACCCGCAGGUGAUAGUAACCAGUAUCGGCAGUCUGCUCGUGCUCAGGCCUUGCUCAAUGCCUCCAAAUCCGUCCAAUCGGACCCGUCAGCUUUCAACACGGCCACUGAAGCUGCAGCCCUGGAGAAUUCGUUCGACGAUGACGAUGAGAUCACAGGUCUGGAAGUGCGCCGUGGUAAGCGCAAAGUAGCUGAGCCGUACAAAGUAACGAAGUGUUGACUGCAAGGUUUGUUCUAAUGGACAUUCGACUCUGUAUCUAGCUGGUGGAAAUAAUAUUACAAAUAUUAUAGUGAACAGUAAAGUCUGUCUUGAGUCUCCCACAUGUGCACACAUUCUAAACAGAUUAUUAUAAUUUUCGAAUUUUUCGCAUCUUCUUAAGCUUAUCUGACCACUGCAAUGUGCCUGCAGUCUCACCAGUCACAGUCAUUUUACUUCAGUACUUAUUUAUUACGAGUUUCUGAGAAUGCAUACCUAACAUUUUACCUACUGUGAGACAUGUCAUAACGAGCCGCAAAGUUAACGAUUGUCCAAAAUUAUAGGUUAAACGAGAAGAUAUGUUGACAAUCAGGCUUGCAGUCUUCAGGCAUAUCUGCACAUGACAUGUAUCAGGCACCACAGACUGAAUAGAACUUAUUUAUAACGAAGAAAUGUCGUUCGUUAAUAGUUUUUAAUUUACUUCCUCGUCACGUUAUAUUCACA